GAAGACAGAAAACAGAUUCCCUUGUGAGGGUCCGAGGUGUACUAUAUCACACACAAUUCGCUGCAGCAAUUGUAUCCAUUGUCAUAUUGUGUUUGUUAGUACCGUGUUAGUUGUGUGUCAAUUCAAAUGUAAAAAAUGCAGGUCUGUGGCCAUCUAAAACUGCAGUAUGAUGCUCCUGGAAUGUAUCCUUCAUUCAGCAAGUUUCUCUGCAGGCUGCAGAUAUUUAUAAAUCCAGCGGACAGACAAACAAAGAGGCGCAGAGUGUGUGAAAGACAGAGGGAGGGUCAGGGUCACUCCACUCUCUACAGACUGACCGACCUGCAGCAGGCUGCUUGCCUCUUAUCCCCCCAAGCAGGUCGAGAUCCUGACACGGACAUCUACACGAAGUUCAUGAUGAGUCACAGCUGCUACGACGCCAUGCCUACCAGCUCCAAGUUGGUCAUCUUUGACACCACACUGCAGGUGAAGAAGGCGUUCUUUGCUCUGGUGGCCAACGGCGUGAGGGCUGCACCGCUCUGGGACAACAAGCUGCAGUGCUUCGUAGGAAUGUUAACCAUCACCGACUUCAUUAACAUUCUCCACCGGUACUACAGAUCUCCCAUGGUACAAAUCUAUGAGCUGGAGGAACACAAGAUUGAGACUUGGAGAGGUGACCUAUUCAAACACAGAGCAACAGGCAAACCAAUUAAAAUGAAUGCAUCGCUUUGCAUUACGGUCCUACAUGAUCUUCCCACCUCUUUCUCUCCCUCAGAGGUGUACCUGCAGUACUCUUUGCAAUCUCUCAUCAGCAUCACACCUGACUCCAGCUUAUUUGAUGCCAUCUACUCUUUACUGAAGAACAAGAUCCACCGGCUCCCUGUCAUUGAUCCUGAGUCUGGGAAUGUCCUGCACAUACUGACGCACAAACGCAUCCUCAAGUUCCUCCACAUCUUUGGCUCCAUGAUCCCAAAACCACGAUUCUUGCAGAAGUGCAUCAGAGAUGUGGAGAUAGGGACCUUUAAGCACAUUGCCACGGUCCAAGAGACAGCAACGGUGUAUGAAGCACUCAGCAUCUUUGUGGAGCGCAGGGUAUCUGCUCUGCCAGUUGUCAAUAAGGACGGGAAGGUGGUGGCUCUCUACUCCAGAUUUGAUGUGAUUAACUUGGCUGCCCAGAAAAACUACAACAACCUGAACAUGACAAUGCAGGAAGCGCUUCGGGGCCGAGCCUGCUGCAUCGAAGGUGUGAUCAAGUGCUACCCCCACGAAACCCUGGAGACCAUCAUCGACCGCAUUGCCAAAGCAGAGGUUCAUCGUCUCGUCAUGGUGGAUGAGGAAGAUGUGGUGAGGGGAAUCAUCUCUCUUUCUGACCUGCUGCAAGCGCUGGUCUUGACUCCAGCAGAGACUUCAAGAUGAGCAAACUGUGAGAACUGAAGGAAAAUAUAUAAUAGAUAAUGGAUUGAGAAGAAAGGAAAUACUUUUUUUCCAUCCAUGUCAUAUGUGCAUCAGUGCAACUUUAGGUGUGCUGAUGCUAGACCCUGGACUGGAGGCUGUUCCAACUGAGGUUUCUUGUACCAUAAUCCAUAGUCUCACACUAAGGACAAUCCAGAGUCACCCGUUCAAAUGAACAGCGUGUCUUUGUCUUGUGCAAGGAAACUGGAGCAUGAAGAGAAAGCGCAAGAGGAGAAUAUACAAACUCCACGAGUAGAACUGAGGCCCUGAAACUGCAGCCCUGAGGAUGUGAAACAAGUCUGCUCCCCUGCUGCACCACCACACACUCCUCCUGUAUAUAUUUACACUCUUUAAAAUGCAUAUCCUCUAAAAUGAACAAAAUUACCUUUUCUGUAAGAGUUCCAAAUUCAAUCUUGCUGAAAAUUUGCCAUGUUCCCUCCAGGUAAACAUGUAUAGUUUUUUUUUUCUUUUUUUUAAUAUACAUACCUCUGUCAGUGUAUAAAAUGUGGCUGAUUCAUUUUUAAUAUGUACAGAUUAUUUUGUAAUGAGCACAGCUUGUUUUGGCCGAUAAAACUUAAAAGGAGCAAAAACAUGAAUGUCUCAUUUUGAAGUACCAUUAGCUCAUUAGUCGCUCUGGUUUUUUGUUUUUCUGUUUUUAAUAUAAUAAUAAUAAUUCAGAGCAGCUGGUAGCAGAGUGGUUGGCCCUGUUGCCUUUGGACCCACAGGUUUGAAUCCCAGCUGUAGAACCAUUGCUCCACUAUCAGCCAGCUUUAUAAAUGGGUAAAUAGGUCCCUUAAUUUUGUAAGUUGCUUUGGAGAAAAGCAUCAGCUAAAUGUAAUUUAUAUUAAGGAUAUAACCAUGAUUUUGAUUAACUGACCUAAAAGAAAAAUCGGAUGUUCCCGUGUCUGUUACUUCAUACUCAGACAGAUGUGUUGUUUAUUUACCAGGUACAGGACAAGACAGGUCAGUUGGGGUUUACAGUUGACUGUUUGUGUCGGUUUUUUUUCAUGGAACAAUUUUACUGGCCG